AAGCAGAGGGAACAUGGAACAGUGGAAAAAGGGAAAGAAAAGAGACUUCAAUCAGAGACAGAGACUCAGAGUCACAGCAGCAAAAACCCAUUAAACUUGCAGUCUCUUCUCCUUCUUCUUCUUAUUCUUCGUCAGUUGUAUCUCUCGUUCUCUCACUGUAAGUGAAAGAAGAAGGACAAUGUUCACUGAUAGAUGGGUUCGAGAGGAUUUUCGUGAAUCAGAAAUGGACAAAAAACUUCUUUAUAAAGAAAUGCCCAGUGCACCUCCUAUCAGUUCUACUGUAAACAUGGAACAAAGGUUUGAGAAAAUUUCAGCUUUUAGCGCUAAUGGUAUACCUCAUAUUGCAAAUUUGAAUAGUCAUGUAGCCAUAGAUAAACCAAAAUCAGCAAACUUUGUUUAUUCUAGCAACACUGUACUGAAUGGAACUGGCAAUGGUAUUCCUGACCCAUCUACAAGGUUUGCAGCUGGCAAAGAAGUUAAUGUACCUACAAGCUCUUUACCUGCUCGCCUCCCCACAUUUCAUGCAAGUGCACAAGGUCCUUGGUGUGCUGUGAUUUCCUAUGAUGCAUGUGUUCGCCUAUGUCUUCACUCAUGGGCCAAAGGUUGUGCCGAAGAUGCUCCCUACUUCUUGAGUGAUGAAUGUGCAUCAUUGCGCAAUUCAUUUGGUUUACAGCAAGUAUUGUUACAAUCAGAAGAAGAACUUUUGGCAAAACGAUCUUCAGAGUUGAUAAGUGAGGGAGCUGCCCCAAAAUCUAAGAAAACUUUUGGCAAAAUGAAAGUGCAAGUACGUAAAGUGAAAAUGGGUUUAGAACCACCUGCAGGCUGCAGCUUUUCAUCUUUAAAUCCAUCUACACUAAAACUCGAACCACUUCGUCAACAGUUGUCAAUUUUAAAUUCUACAUUACAUACUGGGUGGGAAGCUGUAAGGAAAGUUCGUGUGACUCCUCAUAUUCCUCCAAAUGGUUCUAUUUCACAACAAAGUUUGGCAUACAUGCGUGCAAGCACUCAGUAUAUCAAACAGGUCUCUAGGCUCUUGAGACAUGGAGUGACUACUUCGCGCAACAGCCCCUCUCCAUAUGAAGUGGAGCAAGAGACAUACACGUGCAUGAUGAGGUUGAAAAGUUCUUCUGAAGAGGAUUCAGUUCGAAUGCAACCAGGAUCUGGUGAAACUCACAUGUUCUUUCCAGAUAAUCAUAGUGAUGAUUUGAUCAUUGAAGUUCAAGAUUCUAAAAUACGGCAUUGCGGCCGUGUCCUUGCCCAAGUGGCUGCUAUUGCUGAUGACCCUAGUGACAAGCUCCGGUGGUGGCCCAUAUACCAUGAACCAGAGCAUGAACUCGUUGGCAGAAUACAGUUGUACAUAAACUAUUCAACUACUCCAGAUGAAAGUAAUCAUCCCAAGUGUGGUUGCGUUGCAGAAACUGUGGCGUAUGACUUUGUCUUGGAAGUUGCAAUGAAAGUUCAACAUUUUCAGCAAAGAAAUUUAUUUCUACAUGGUCCGUGGAAGUGGCUAGUGGCUGAAUUUGCAUCUUACUAUGGAGUUUCAGAUGCAUACACCAAAUUAAGAUACCUUUCCUAUAUCAUGGAUGUGGCUACACCCACUAAGGACUGUCUUGACUUGGUAUAUGAUCUGCUAGAACCUGUUAUCAUGAAGGGUAAGAGGAAGAGUGUUUUGAGCCAUCAAGAGAAUCGCAUCCUUGGAGAGGUUGAGGGUCAAAUUCAACAGAUUCUUGUUCUAGUUUUUGAAAACUACAAGUCACUUGAUGAAGAAGCACCAUCUGGUAUGAUGGAUAUUUUUGGUCCUGCCACUGGAUUGGCAGCUCCUGCAUUGACACCUGCUGUCAAACUAUACACCCUCUUGCAUGAUGUAUUAAGUUCUGAAGCACAGUUGAAGUUUUGCAAAUAUUUUCAGGCUGCUGCCAAAAAAAGGUCAAGAAGGCAUGUGGUUGAGACAGAUGAAUUUAUAAGCAGUAAUGAGGGCACGUUGAUGGAUCCCAUGAUGCUUUCAACUUCUUAUCAAAAGAUGAAAUAUCUUAUUUUAAGUAUGAGAAAUGAAAUAUGCACCGACAUUCAGAUCCACAAUCAGCAUGUGCUGCCAAGUUUCAUAGAACUUUCAAGUCUCUGCGCAUCCAUAUACAGUGUGGACCUGUCCAGUAGAUUGCGCACAUUUCUUGUUGCAUGUCCUCCUCCUGGCCUUUCACCCCCUGUUGCUGAACUGCUUAUUGCAACAGCAGAUUUUCAAAAAGAUCUUGCGUCUUGGAACAUUAGUCCUGUGAAAGGUGGAGUUGAUGCAAAAGAGUUGUUCCAUUCAUAUAUAACCCUCUGGAUUCAAGACAAACGUCUUACCUUGCUGGAGUUGUGCAAACUAGACAAGGUAAAGUGGUCUGGUGUCAAAACACAACAUUCAACAACUCCUUUCGUUGAUGAGAUGUAUGCGCAACUGAAGGACACACUGAAUGAAUAUGAAGUAAUAAUUUCUCGUUGGCCAGAGUAUAUUGUCAUCUUGGAGAAUGAUAAUGCAGAUGUUGAGGAGCCAAUUAUUGAAAUUUUGGAUCAGCAGCAUGCUGACUUCUUAUCACUAUUGAAGGAUCAUCAUGCAGCAAAGAUCUUUGGCCUCACAUAUGUUCAGAAGUUUGCCAAGAACAGGGGAAAUUUAUUUUGUCCCGAUGAGUUGGGGGUUCUUCUGAAUUCCAUGAAAAGGAUGCUGGAUGUCCUACGGCCCAAGAUAGAAAACCAAAUCAAAUCAUGGAGUUCUUGCAUGCUUAAUGGCAUAGAUACAGUCACAGGAGAAUGUCUUAGUGAAAUUACAUUGUUGCUCAGAUCAAAAUUCAGAAGUUACCUUCAAGCAAUUUUGGAAAAACUUGUAGACAAUACAAAGAUGCAGAGUGCAACAAAACUGAAGAGCAUAAUCCGAGAUUCGAAGGAAACUUUGGUGGAGUCAGAUCUAAGGAACAGAAUGCAGCCUUUGCAAGAUCUUCUUAUAAAGACAAUAGAUCAUUUACAAUCUGUUGUUGAACCUCAUGUGUUCAUAGCCAUUUGCCGAGGUUUUUGGGAUCGCAUGGGACAGGAGAUACUACGCUUUCUGCAAAAUAGGGGAGAGAAUAAUUCCUGGUAUAAAGGCUCACGAAUUGCUGUUUCUAUCUUGGAUGACAUUUUUGCAUCACAGAUGCAGCAAUUGCUUGGAAAUGCGCUACAAGAGAAAGACUUGGAGCCACCAAGAUCUAUAAUGGAAGCACGUUCAGUGCUUUGUAAAGAUGCUAUAAACAACCAGGACAACAACUACUAUUAUUAGAUUUUUUGCUACUGUACAUACAGAUUCACAUCAUUGUUUUGGCUUAAUAUUUUUGCGUUGAAGAAGGAAUGGUGCAAAUCAGAGUUGAAAAGACCACAGACUACCACAGCAACAGUUUUGGAUGCACAGAAUGAAGUUGUCAAUGUAAAGAUUUUACCAUCACCAUAGCCUCUGUGGUGUAUUUUCCCCAAUGAAUGUAAAAUUAUGGGUACCCCAUUGCAAUCCUUCUGAAUUACAGUUGAGAUUGUUAUAUGUGAAAUAUCUCUUUUUUUUUUUUU